GCGGGGCGGGGUGACCGCCGUGGCUCUAAUAAAGCCGGGACCGACGGGCGGCCGAGGGCUGUUUGCCUCGCUGCCCGUCCGUGUGUCCCGUUCCCCCCACCCUCCCCCCCCGCCCUCCUUCCCCGUCCCCCCACCCCUUUUCCCCCGCCCCCCCCCCCCCCCCCCGAGCAUGCAGUGCAUCCCCAGCCUGGUGCUGGCCCUCAGCUCGCUGCUGGGCGCGCUGGCGCUGCUGCAGCUCUCGCUGUAUCUCCGGGUGCCGUCCCGCUACGGGAAACACGAGGAGCGGCUGUGCGGGCCGCGGGGCCGGCUGCCGGCGCGCUGCGCCUGGUUCCUGCAGGAGCUGCCCUCCUUCCUGGUGCCCGCGCUGCUGCUGGCGCUGCGCAGCCCUCCCCGCCUCGAACCGCUCGGCUGCCGCCUCCUCUGCUGCCUCUUCUGCUGGCAUUACUUCUACAGGACAUUUAUUUACCCCUUCUUCACUAGAGGCAGACCUUUCCCACUGCAAUUGCUUUUCUUUGGCACAUUAUUUUGUGUCUAUAACGGCUUCCUCCAGGGGUACUACCUGAUUUACUGCGCUGAAUAUCCGAAUGAUUGGUGCACCGACAUCAGAUUUACAUCAGGUCUCCUCUUAUUUUUGCUGGGAAUGGGAAUCAACAUUCACAGUGAUCUCCUGCUGCGCCAGCUCAGGAAACCCGGGGAAGUCACUUACAAGAUUCCUCAAGGGGGACUGUUCACCUACGUGUCUGGAGCCAACUACUUUGGAGAAAUUGUGGAAUGGUUUGGUUUUGCCAUAGCAACCUGGUCCCUACCAGCCUUCGCCUUUGCCUUUUUCACGCUUUGCUGCAUCGGGCCACGUGCUUAUCACCAUCACAGCCAGCUUAGCUCCCAGAACCGUAACGCAACAGGAGGAUCCUUGUGCCGACGCAAGGCUGGGAGCAGCACGCCGCGGCACGGAGGCGAUGCGAAGUACACUGAGAUGGAAGUGUCUGAAUCUGGCGUUCACAAGCACCAUGUCUGUGUUCCUUCCUUAAGCAACACUCUCCUCACUGUCAGAUGAUUAAUCUUCAACCAUCAGUUUGGUUUUUUUUUUUUUUUAAAUGUACUUGGUGAAAGCAAUCGCAGCUCCAUUCGGAUUUUCUUUUUUUUUUUUUUUUUUUUUCGUGCAAAUCCAGAGCUCUUUCCAGAAUAAAAAUUUUUCCACUCGAAACCACUGAAUUGUUGUUCAUAAAAAGACUUGAGAUGGUGAUGUAUGACAAAAUUUACAGCAAAUAAAAAGCUCCGUUUCGAAGAAAAUAUUCUCUAACACUGGCAGUACAUUUUGUCUACGGAGAACAUUUUCAGAUACUCAUAUUAGGAAACGAUGCGGAGAUAUUACUGAAUUUUCACAAAAACACAGGAUGUCUCUUCUUAAUUUCAGAAUAUAGCCAGGAAUUUUCCCCAAAACAUCAUGAAUCCCAAUAAGAAAAGAUGUCCCCGUGGAUGCUGAUAGUUUUAGUUACCCUUCAGAGCAUAAAAUCUGCUAAGAAUCAUGCUGAGUAGCUGAAAAGAAAAAGACCAGGCCGCACCCCCUAAACAUACUACCUGCUGCUGGAGUAACCUGACUGACUGUGCCCUAUUUUCUCCAAAACACAAUAAAAUCUACGUGAAGUACCGA